GUAGCCUACUGGCGCCCUGGUGGCGGUCUUUGGGGCCGAGCGCGGCCAUAUUAUCUCUCGUGGUCCUCAUCGCAAGAAAGCAAGAAGGUGGUGCAGUGCUCGGACAGUGACGUAUUCAGACGAAGGCGAUGAACGUGAUUGUACAUCCGCGCGUGAUAAUCGUCGAGCAGUGAGCAGCGAGUAGCAUGGCCAAGGGAAGCGGCAAUCCGGCCGGCAAGCAGCCACCGUCACGCAACGCGAAGCCCUACGAUGCGAACAACUCAUUUGUAAAGAAAGUGGCGACCAAGGUAACAGAUUUUAUACCCCAACGAUCGUGGAUUAGCAAGUGGUUCAAUACCUCUCAAGGUAGUGAGGAAACAUUAGAUGUUAGAGAGAAUCCUGAAGAAUCAGAAUUCAUAGAUGAUGCGCAGCAGCCUCCUCCUAGCAAGCGACCACGUAUUCGUAUGGAUGUGACUCAUCCACCUGGUACAUUUUCUAUACAACCAAGGGGUAAAACUGCAUUGAACACAGUUGAUUCCUCUAAGAAGCAAUAUUCUAUCCAGAAUGAAACACCGGAAGACUUCUUAGAACCUGCAACGGCCGGGCCAAGCGGAAUAGGUCGUUUAGUUACUUCGACACCUGCGAUACCAGCAGACAUUAGAACUGUGACGUCACACAGAUCUGACUUAAAUUCCUUAGCUUCAUCAACUAAUAAUGGGACAGCCAAUGGCUUGGAUGAUCACUCGGAAUCAAGUGAAAGCACCAGUGGAUGCAGCUCACUUACUCCGCAAACGAAUAGACACGAAGGCCCGUCAAAUCUGCUGCAGCAAAUUUACAAUUCGUCAUUUACCAAUAGAAAGAGACAUAUUGAUGAUAAAUUGACAUUUACUAAUCACUUACAGUCUCCGAGGUCCUUGUUUCUAGAUAAUAAUUCCCGGGACACUUUAAGUAGUCGUAGACCGAGUUUUAACGCAUCAGUUAUGACAAAUUUGAUAGGUCGCGCAUCUCCUCUAUCUUCCCCUUUUUAUAGUGGUAAUACUACUUUCGGUGGUUCGAAUACGGCAGGUCUUUAUAAACGAGGUCGGAACACUUUUAACGAUUCAAGCGAGCUGCAACUUAAAGUACCGAGGAGAACAAGUGUCGAGGUUAAACCUUCUAAUACAGUAGAAGUUGAUUCAUCGGGAAUGAGUCAAACUGCCAAGAAAAUAUUAGAAGCAUUGGAACAUUUUUCGUCGCCUAUAUCCGACGCGAAGAAAAUUCCUGUGAGGAAUGCUGACAGUUCUCCGUUAAUGAGUAGGAAAAGAGCGCGAGAAGAAGUAGCGACUCCAUCCGCCAGAGUCGGUUUGCGUCAUUUAACACGUGAAUUGACAGUACCAACCGUUCCGGACAUACUGAAAUUGAGGAGACGGCAAAAGUUACAAGAUACAACUCUCGCAGCUAGAAAAAUAGUUUCCGCGCGUACUGACCCACCUCCGCCUACACAGGAAUAUCACCUGAGAACGGAGGACAGCGAUAGAGAAAAAUACCAUGGAAAAAUAAAGGGCAAGUCUAAGAAAAAUUUAGAAGAAGAGGAAACUGUGGAACCCGUGAAUUUACCUAACAUACCUUUGCCGAUAUCGACAUUACCCAACUUCACUUUUACGCUACCUCCUCCUCCACACACCAUUACCAAGACUACGACAAACAAGGAGAACACCUUUACGUUUGCCAGUCCGAUUAAAGUAACAGACGCUGGCAAGAAUUUGCAGUCCUCCAAUCAUUAUACUUUCAGCGAUCCCAUCAAUGCUGAAGAUAACGCGAGUAAUGUAACGUUGUAUUCGAGCUCGUCUUCAGUAACAGGAUUUACUGGAUCUCCUGAUCAUACGGUCACGUCUAUGCCGAAUUUCAUUUGGUCCAGCUCGUCCACAGCACCUAGAUUGAAAGAGAAGACGAAAAACAAUAAAGAUAUUGUCGAGUCAGCUCAUGAGAUGAAGUCGGGGAGUGUCAUGGACAUAUUGUGUCCCAAAUUGAACCAAGCGGAAUCCAACGUAAUUGCGCAAUCAAACGUAGGACUGUCUUCUAAAGCGGCGCACACCGACAAGAUGACCAGCGCAUUCGACUCCAAUACAGAUGUGAAAAGCGCGCGUGAUACAGACUCCUCUGGCUCAGUUAGCAGUAUCGCGACGCCUGCAACCAAUUGGGAGUGUAGUGAAUGUCUCAUCAGGAAUAGUGACUCGGACAAACAUUGCAUCGCAUGUAAAGCUGCCCGGCCAAACCCCAACGAUAAAGUCUCGACACCCCCGUCAACGACCGACAUCGUCGUGAAAACUAAGCCAGUCACCAAAGACUGCUUCGGCUCUCAUUUCAAGCUGUCCACUAAUGAAUGGGAAUGUACGGCUUGCUACGUGAGAAACAAACAGAAUGACGUUACCUGCGUGGCGUGCACCGCCGCGAAACCAGAAAACAAGCCGAUGAUGCAAGCGGCUGCACCAGCCGCGGUCAAGUUCCAGAAGUCUGAUCUAAUGGAAAAAUUCAAACCUGCCGAAGGAUCGUGGGAGUGCUCCGGCUGCUUGCUGAGAAACAACGCGAACGUCAUUACGUGUCCUUGUUGCAACACAUCCAAGCCUACUCCGAUGAAAGUGAGUUCGACCAAGACGGAUGCUGUGGAGUCUUCCGCUCAGAAAUCAACUCCCGUUAGCACAGAAGGCCCGCCGACGGAAGCCGGUAAUUCCGACUUAAUGAACAAAUUUAAGCCCAGCAAAGAUUCCUGGGAAUGUCCGGGAUGUUUCGUUAGGAACAAUAAUUCCGUCAGCACCUGUCCUUGCUGUAGCACGGCUAAGCCUGGCUCUGUCGGUAGCUCAAGCAAACCGGAACAAACGAAGCAAACGUCGACAACUAAUGGAUUCGGAGACAAAUUUAAGAAGCCCGAGGGCGCAUGGACCUGCGACUCCUGCAUGCUGCAGAACGACGCGAAGCAUACGGAAUGCGUGGCUUGCCAAGCCGCGAAGCCCGGCACCACAAAGUCGAAUGAGCCUGCAUCGAGCUCUGGUUCGACCUUACAGUUCAAGUUCGGCAUGCCAGCCAACAGUGGUGGAUUCAAGUUCGGUAUAGAUAAAACCGAUGGCCAGUCCAAGUCCGACGCGGCGUCGCCUCUGAACGGAUUCAAAUUCGGUAACGUGCAGCCGAGCAGCGGCACGGCGCAAUUUACUUUCGGUAUUCCCAAGGACGAGAGCAAAGCAACCACGAGUGAAGCAACCAAGACCAACAGCACUGUCGUGACGUCCUCCGGCAGUAGCGGAUUCCAAUUUAACAUCAAAGCUACCGAGAAAUCCAACACUAAGACGGCUCAAGAGAUCAAACAGGACUCGUCUUUCGGUAUGGUGAAAGCCGAUGUCUCAAUGUCGUCGUCGAAUAGCGAACAGCAGACCGCGAGCAAUGUAUCCAGUGCUGUGGUAAGCUCGGCUCUUUUCACGUUCGGCGCGCAGAAAUCGAUAUUCAGCCAGCCUGCCCUGAACAAGCAGACGCAGAAGACUUCUCUCGCGACCACCGCGGCUGAGAGCUCCAAGCUGACGGUGACGAGCGAUGCGACAGCGAUCAACGUCAGCACGACGCUACCUACGUCGUUGCCCAAGCCAAGCUACACGUCGCCGAACGACGUGAAAGCAAGCCCGAUCUUCUCAUUUGGCGUGCCGAGCAGUACGAGUGCUGCCACCAGCAACACUUCCACCGCCAGUACAACGACCACUUGUCUUCCAACUUUUGCUCAACCUUCUCUCACAUUCUCCGACUCCCCGAAGACGACGACACCUCAAGCAGCAGCCGCGGUGCCGACCUUCGGCCAAGCUACGACGACGCCGUCUCCGGCGCUCUCUGCGAAUCUGACGUUCGGCGAGAACAAGAUAACCGAGGCGGCGCCCGUGGUGCCUCCGCCGUCUUCUGACAAACCCGCCGCUGCAGCUGCCGCACCGAGCGCUCCGCCGGCGGUCUUCCCGAUCGUCUCGAGUUCCACGUCGUUAUUCAGCAGUAACGACUCCAAAGCGCCGACAACGUUUGGGCAAGCGGACAAGCUGACGGUGUUUGCCGGCUCGACCAAUAAGCCGGCGCCCAGUUAUUCUGCACCCGAGAGCAAGAUCCCAGUGUUCAGCGGCGCUGUCGAGAGUAAGUCGAUAUUCGACACGCAGGAGACGAAACUGCCGGUGUUUGGCAGCGGUGAGAAGACAGCGACGCCCGUAUUCAAUUCACCCGGACAGGCAGGCACGGUGCUGGGCAACCGGUUCGGCUCGUCCACCAGCUCUAUCCUUUCGCCUUUCGGCUCAUCCAGUAGCCCUGCCUUCGGGGCUAACAACACGAACACACCAGCAUUCGGCAGCACGACUACGUCCGCUAUAUUCUCGACUACCAAGUCGAACGAGAGCAAUGCGGCACCGACCCUGCCGGCUAUACCCGCGUUCGGCUCGAGUCAGCCGGCCGCGCAGCAGCCGGCGAGCGGUGGCUUCAACUUCUCCGCGAAUACCAUCAGCCUACCGGAAUCGAUCGCGGAGCAGUUUGUGUUCGGCAGGGUGGCACCGUCGAGCAGCAGUAUAUUCAACAACGACACGUUCGCCAACACAGUGCCGACGAAUACUGCCAAUUUCACGUUCAAUGCGCUCAAGCAACAAGAGACACCAUCGCCGGCAUUUGGACAGACUUCAGUGGCCACCCCGAUGUUCGGUUCUAAUCCGCAGACGCAAGCGACAUCGUCGUUCUCGUCCACUUCCUCGUCCAGUGCGGGAUUCAAUUUCGGAUCCACCGCUCCGUCAGCAACACCGUCAGGAGGCUUCAACUUUGGUGGAAUGACAUCAACGUCCACGCCAACUGGAGGUUUCAACUUCAACCCUCCCGCUUCUACUCCCACAGUGGCUUUCGACCCUAACAGCCGGCCUUCGUUCAACUUCACGAAAGGAAGCGCACCGACAGCAUUCAACGCACCGCCUCAAUCAGCGACUGCGCCGCGGAAAAUCAAAAAAGCGUAUCGACGGAUACGGUAGAGAGAGCAUAUAACGUACAACAUUCGCGCGUGUAUUCUGGUGCGUCCUCACAUCUGUCUCUGUGCAUCCGUGUAUCUGGAUGUGUCUUCGUAUGUCUCUGUUAGACGUUACAUUGUGGUACAAUGAAAACUCUCUGUCACACAUGUCAAUCGAUCGCAUCAGUGUGGUGGUAUACCAAGCAUCUUUGUAAUAUAGUAUAAUCCGCUAACUGAACAUGCUUGCGUACAGCCACUUGUGUUCUCUACAGGAACUGUAAAUUAUAAAUUAUUUAAAUUAUACAGUAAUAAUGAAUAAUAUACACUGUGAAGUUGGCAUGAAGCCAGAAAUAAGCCGUGAUGCAGUUGCAUUACUGAGACCUUAUCCCAAAAGCAGACGCGAUGCGUAUGUACUGCAAUUACGUACUCGAGAUAACACACAUAUUUGCCGAAGACGAAAAAAAAAAUACCUCGAUUAAGGAAAAAAAUAAUGAGCACUUAACGCAUGCAAUUGAAGAUAAAAGAAAAGAAAUAGUGGGAGAUUGACACCCGCUCAGGUAAGUAUAAGUCAGUCACAGCUCGUUGCAAGCACUGUUGCUUGCGAAUGAAUACCGACGAUAUGAAGAGGAUAUAACUCUAAAAAGUUACAUACGUAAAUAUAACAAUUAUUAAGCAUUAUUUACGCGCAGCAUAGGGCGCGUUAAACCGGGACAUCUAAAUUUUUUUCCAUCGCAAUAAUACGAAAGAUUUUAUUGAUAACAUGAUACACAAAGUACAUAUACACUAGGACGAAAACAGAUUCCGAAUCGAAGAAUAAUUCGGUUAACAUAUUUCAGGAUAUCAAUUGAAUUAUUGUAAAAUUGGGAAUUUCUACUAUACUCAUGUUCGUCCCUUUAAAUCAUAUCACAUUAUUAAUUAUAUUAAAGAGACAAAUGUGAUAAUAGGAAAAGAUUUUCGAUCCCAGAAUAAUUUCAUAUUAUAUAUAACAUAUAGUGGUAUUUACCUUUUGUUGUUUGAUGUUCGAUGUUCGAUGAUGAAAUUUUGUUAAAAAAAUUUUGUUAUUAAAAAAAUAAUUCCAUGUAUAAUCGAACGAGAUUAUCUAGACAAGUUUAUGAGAAAAAAUGUCAGUCUAAGAUACUUGUGUAAAAUCGUGACAUUGCGAGCGUUGUGAACUGACUGUAUAUCAAUAAAGUCCCACUAUAUAUAUAUAAAUAUAUAUAUAUAGACAUUAAUUAUAUUUUAAUUAGAAUUCCGUGGGCAGCCCUACAAUCUUUGUAGAACUAGUCCAGGAAAAGUGUAAUAUACACAAAAAUGGCAUUCGGAUAGUACAAACUGACGAUUACUGAACGUUUCCAUUGAGUAGUCGAAAUUGUAUAUUUUUUUUAUAUAUCGAAUGAAAUAAUCCUAUAAGAGAAUAUAUACUGAAUGCCAUUUUAAUAGGAUUAAAUUAUAAUAAUGUUGUGUGUUUUAUCAUAGAGUGAGUGAAAUAAAUUGGAGAAGAGUAUGUUGAAUGGAAAUAAAUUAUUAGGGGGCUUCUAAAAAGUUCUUCUCACAUUUGCUGAAUAUAAUUUUCAUCUACAAAUUUCCGAUAAACACUAUAUCUUAUUUGUUGUUCCAAUACACAAGAGAAAUGUCGUUCAGCCAAUUUAUUUUAUAAUUCUUGAUCCGAGCUUUUGUAUCUAAUUUGACGAUACAACAACAAAAUAAUUAUUCAUAAUUGCUACAUAACUUGAGACAUUUGAACACAAUUGAGAUAUAGUAAACUAUUCUUUCUAGAAGCCCCUAAGGCGGAAAGUAGAUAGAUGACGUGUGUUAAUGAUUAACGAAUCAUUGAAUUAUUCACGUCUUAUUUAAGAUUAGGAUAGUUGUCUCUAUAAUGUUGGCUUAAACUUGACAGUAGCCAAGAAUAACUCGGCACAUGACCCAUCUUCUGCCAUAGUAGGCACUUAGGUACAAAACACUUUGUUAGGCAUUGUUGCUUAUAUGCGUUGUUAUGUAAUAUUUACAUUAAGUAGAUAUUAAGGGAUGUUUUUCUUUUUAAGUUCUGUACAAGAUUAUUACAAGACAAAAAUCCAUAUAAUUUAAUUUUUAUGUUGAACUUAUAUUUUUAACAUUGUCAAAAUAUCCUUUGUAGGUGUUGUUUUCAUUUAAGAUAUACACAGUGUGUUAAUUAAAUACGUAACGUUAGCGUAUGGGUGAUUUGAAGAAAACUCUCUGUGAUGCAGGUAUAUGUGAUGCUAAUUGAACGUAUACCGAUAAAAUAGCGCCGACAAAUUAAUUCGCAUAGAUGAAAUUACUUUAGUUUUUAAGCAAAGCCCAUACCCGGAAACCUACAAAGGAUCUUUUGGUUGUAACUGUAUAUUCGACAAGACUUUAUUUUAUGCGAUUUGCAAAGGAAAACGUAAUUGAUGGUAAAGGGAGGCUGCGCUGAGAUAUGUCUGUGCUGCUGUCUUACACUGUGAACAUUCUCUGUUGAGGCUGUGUCGUCCAUUUGCCUAUGAAUAGGCAAAUUUCCAAAUUAAUCGAUAUAUCGAGAAUACUGCCCGCAGAGGCAGUAUCUUUGUAUUAAAUUUCGUAUAUGGCCUUACCGAUACAUAAUGAAUGUGUAACGUAGAUAUAUUAACGACUGUAAAGCAAAUCGUAUUGGAGUUGUUUUGUAGCAUUUUGUAUACUCUCCAUUGUAAUAUGUUCGCAUAAACGUCUGAAGAGCACUGCAUUAAAAAUGUUCAACAAUAGAUUUGUAACAUCCGAUGACUGACAAAAUUUUUUUUUUAAUAAUUUUUCAUGCACAUCUUUUAUUUACAUAACGAAAGAUCAUUGAAGUGUAAUAUUACAUGUAAUAGCGUUGAUAGUAUUAUUCGUAUACGAACAUACGAGGCAUCAGUAAAUUGUAUUCUUUUAUUUGAAAUUAACGGCAUAUAUCUUUUACAUUAACGUAAAUGUCAAACUUUACGAGACUUGUUUCCACGAGAUAUAUUUGUUUCUAUGAGUCAUAGGAUGUUACAAUAUGUCAAAUGUUCCGAGGCCUUAUUAUAAUCUUAGUCCAUUGGAGAAAUUAUGCAUCGUGUACUGAAUUUUUCUGAAUAUCUGUAACAAUUCUAUCGAGAAUGAUGUAUUAAGCAAUGAUCUAAUGAAGUUCAGAAAUGAGGGAGUUUGUUAUGAAAUAAAUCCAAUGACUGACUGUAAUUAAAUAAAAUGUACAUGGGAGAAUGUUCACUGUAUGCUUCAGGUGCUAUGAGGAUGUCGGUACAUUCUCAUACAUAUGAUGUAACGUUAGUUAAUAUUAUCAGAAAAAAAAAAAAA